GAGGCCGCUGAGGUCGUUGGUGUUUGUUGAACGGCUCGCGGAAGUCGUGCUGCCUUGGGUAGGGCGUUAAAGUCGUUCUUGAGAGGAACGUCUCUGUCCGAAGAGAAAAUGAGUUUAGCUCUGAGAAAUGAGCUUGUAGUAGACAAAACAAAGAGGAAAAAAAGAAGAGAACUCUCUGAAGAACAGAAACAAGAAAUUAAAGAUGCUUUUGAACUAUUUGACACAGACAAAGAUGAAGCAAUAGAUUAUCAUGAAUUAAAGGUGGCAAUGAGAGCCUUGGGGUUUGAUGUAAAAAAAGCUGAUGUACUGAAGAUUCUUAAAGAUUAUGACAGAGAAGCCACAGGGAAAAUCACCUUUGAAGAUUUUAAUGAAGUUGUGACAGACUGGAUAUUGGAAAGAGAUCCACAUGAAGAAAUAUUAAAGGCAUUUAAACUAUUUGAUGAUGACGAUUCAGGUAAAAUAAGCUUGAGAAAUUUGCGACGUGUUGCCAGAGAGUUGGGUGAAAACAUAAGUGAUGAAGAACUUCGGGCUAUGAUAGAAGAAUUUGAUAAAGAUGGUGAUGGAGAAAUAAAUCAAGAGGAGUUCAUUGCUAUUAUGACGGGUGACAUUUAAAGAAUUACAAGGAUAAACAUAAGAAUGUUGCGGUUAUCAUCUUAUAUUCUAUUUUUGUGCCGGAGCCAUGUUAAAAAGAAACCCAACUUAUUUCUCUUUUUUCAAAAGGACCAAAAAUAAGUGUCUUAUGUAUUCAUAUUUUACUACUGUUGAUUUUCUUUGUAUGAACAGUAUUGUUAGCACUCUAAUAGUUCAGCUUUGUAUUUAUAAUAUAGCUUUUAUAUAUAUAUAAAGUUUAAAAAAUUGAAUCGUG